AUGGAGGAGGAGAUGCAGCCAGCAGAGGAGGGGCCCAGCCUCCCCAAAAUCUACAAGCAGCGGAGCCCUUACAGCGUCCUCAAGACCUUCCCCAGUAAGAGGCCAGCCUUGACCAAGAGGUACGAGAGACCCACCAUGGUGGAAAUCCCUCCGGUCAGGGCAGCUGCAGGAGGACAGCAACCCCACUUUCAGCAUCCUCCUGCCUCCAUCAGCAGCAGCGAGCAGCAUUCUCAAUACCAGGCGCAGAGCUCCUAUCCGAACGGGCCCGGCCGAGCCGCCGCCGCCGCCUCUUCUUCCUCCCCCUCUUGCACCCCAGUCGUGUCCCAGGGCCACCUGAGGACUCCAGUCCCUCCGCCUACUCCCCUGGCUUCCUCCUCCGCCGCCGCCGCUGCCGCCGCCGCCGCUGCAGCCGGGGUCUCCAGGUACGGAGCCAACCAGGCGGCGGCCGCAGGCAGCAGCAGCAGUAGCAGCAGCAGCAGCAGCAGCAGCAGCGAGGGGAGCAGCAACGGCACCAGCGGCAGCCUGGAGCUCAGCGCAGAGAGUCGUAUGAUCCUGGAUGCCUUUGCCCAGCAGUGCAGUCGGGUUCUUAGUCUUUUAAACUGUGGUGGAAAAUUUCUGGACUCCAGCCAUUCGCAAUCCAUGAUUUCUUGUGUAAAGCAGGAAGGUUCAAGUUAUAGCGAAAGACAAGAACAGUGUCAGAUUGGAAAAAUCGUUCAUAGUCAGACAACAGACAAUUUAGACAUUGAGAUGCAAUAUAUGCAAAAGAAACAGCAAACCUCUGCCUUCUUGAGGGUCUUCACUGAUUCCCUACAAAAUUAUCUACUUUCUGGGAGCUUUCCAACUCAGAAUACCUCAUCUGUAAAUGAUUAUAGCCAUCUGGCAGAUGUGGACCCUCUUUCAACCUCCCCAGUUCAUACUUUAGGUGGAUGGACCUCCCCAGCCACUUCAGAAUCACAUGGUCACCCAUCAUCUUCUACUCUCCCAGAAGAGGAAGAAGAGGAAGAAGGAUACUGCCCCCGAUGCCAAGAACUAGAACAAGAAGUCAUUUCACUACAACAAGAAAAUGAGGAACUCAGAAGAAAACUAGAGAGCAUCCCAGUGCCCUGCCAGACGGUCUUAGAUUAUUUGAAAACUGUCCUUCAGCACCAUAACCAACUUAUGAUACCACAGCCAGCAGAUCAGCCCACAGAGGGAAGCAAGCAGCUGUUGAACAACUAUCCUGUCUACAUCACUAGUAAACAAUGGGAUGAGGCUGUAAAUUCUUCCAAGAAAGAUGGGAGGCGGCUACUUCGAUACCUCAUCAGAUUUGUUUUUACAACCGAUGAGCUUAAGUACUCAUGCGGCCUUGGAAAAAGGAAAAGGUCAGUGCAGUCAGGAGAGACAGGUCCUGAAAGACGUCCUCUGGAUCCAGUUAAAGUAACAUGUCUCAGAGAGUUCAUUAGGAUGCAUUGUACUUCCAACCCGGAUUGGUGGAUGCCAUCAGAGGAGCAAAUAAAUAAAGUAUUCAGUGAUGCAGUUGGCCAUGCCCGACAAGGACGAGCUGUGGGGACUUUCCUACAUAAUGGCAGCUCAUAUUAUGAAGGGAUUGAGCAUCAGCCUUCACAGGAUGAAGUCUUCAAUAAAGGUUCCCAGGAUGCAGCUGGAGAUUGAUGGAAAUCAGAGGCUAUCUAUUCCACAGUAGCAGCCAGCCAACUAGAGAAUACUGAUUGUGAGAUGAACUGUUAACAUCAAUUAGGAGUCCAAAGCAUUUCAUAUUCAGUCAUACUUCUGACACCCUACUUUUUCACCCUCUUAUCCUAGUGCCAUGAGUCCCAGAUAGAAAUCCAUUUCAGGGUCAGCUUGGGAAGACUUUAUGCCUACUACAGACUUUUCAGAGUCAUUAAUGGAAAACUGCAGUUGGUUUCAAAUGCUUUAUAUCUAGACUGUCAGAUGGGGAAUAUAAGUGGACUUACAAGAAAUCUUUCUGAAAUCAUUAAAUGCUGCCAUUAAAGUUGGCUAUGUGAUCUCAAAGUAAAUGUUGCUCAGUAUUCUUUCCAUAGGAGAGGGUGGAGAUUUUCAUAAUUGUUUUAAGGUAAGUAAUAUUUUAAUGAUCAGGACAUACAUAAGUUAAUUCAAUGCUUUAAUGUCAAUAAAUUCCUUUUUUCUUAUAGAUUAUUGAACUCCUAAUCUAUAACAGCUCAGACAAGGAAUACAUGGCUUAGUAGCCUAUUCCUGUGCUAGCAAAGUGCAAUAUUUUUUUAAAAGAACAUGAAUCUGCAAAAUACAGAGAACAUACAAUCAUCUAUAUAGGCAUGGGUUAUUUGUAGUCAGUUCACACUCAGUCAUUUUUACUGAUACUCCAUCAUGUUGACAUAGAAGGUACCAUGUCAUCUCUGGAGUUUACAAAAACAAUAAUGCAUUUUGUCCACUCAGCAGAGAAUCAUUCAAAAGCCAUCUUUCAAAUGUCUGAAAUUACAGAUUCAUAGAACCACUGUUUCAGACACCUUAAACAAGGCUAUGUUUACACAAUCCCAAAAUAAUUGGUUUAAAAAUGGAAAUUCCAAUCAGUUGCUUGGUCUGCAAGUGUGCCAAAAACUGGCUUGGCUCAUUCUUUUCAUUGAAUCGAACAGAUGUUCUGACGUCAUAUAGACACAGCUUCCAUACCAUUCAUUUUUUUUUUAUGCAACAAGGUUUUUAGCAAUUGUCCAUGAAGCAUGUUUAUUUGCUUUUAUGAAUUGGCUUCUGAGCUCUUGUGGGUUUAUGUAAAACUUUAAAACUUCUAUCUAUUCCUCCAUUUGUUCCACCAACAUUGACCAAAUUGUAUUGAUAUGGUCUUUUCCCAUACACAUUUCAUCUAUAGUGUUACAUGUGUGAAACUAAAAAUGUCUUUGGAAACUAUCAUUAUUUUAAAAAGUAUUAUAUAGAUGCUAGUAUAAUUACUCCUGAGGGCUCCAGGAUCAGAUGUCAAGUCACUUCUUUUAUUUUUUUUAAACUAUGCCAGAUGAUUGCAUUUCUUUAUAGGAAGAGUGGUAAAAUGGCAGCUUUUAUUGAUUAUUAAAACCGUUCAUGGGAAUGACUACAUGAAACUGAUGUCACGUAUAUUUAAUAUGGGUGUGUCUUGCACACAGUGGACACUCAAUAAAUAUUUGUCAAGUGAAUGAAAAUGUACAUGUCUGUAUUUAUAAAAUAUUGCCUUGCUGGGUAUUGGUCUAAAAAUUACCCUUUCUCAUUCACUCAUUUGUUUAUUCAUUCAACAAAUACUUAUUGAGAUUCUGCUGUGAGAAAGACACGGGGUGAGGUAUUUGCCUCUCCCUUUUUCUUUUGCUAUGAUUUACAGCAUUAUUUCAUAAUUCUAAGGUUUCAUAUUAUUUUAUUGUUAUUUAUAUAGACUAUUGUUGCCAUACUUGUUAAAGGGUAAAUGAUAGGACAUACAAUGUCACAAUCAAGGCAUAAUGGGCCAGUAAAUUAAAGGAGAGCCCCUACAAGGUACUGGUGCCUCUAGGUGCCCAUGUAGACAGUUGGGGAAGAUGCCCAUGUCACUAUCCAUCUUAAAAAUCCACAGAGGAAAUAUACUUCACAUUUUGAAAAACAUUAGGGAAUUGUCUUGGCUGAAGGAAUGGGACUUCUUAGGAGAGACAAACCUAUCAUUAGGGAUCUAAUGACUGUGGAUCAAAUAGGAGACCAAACUAAAAGCAAAGAGAGAUAUUAACAUGUUAAAGAAGACUGAAAUCUCACUAUUGGGAAGCUUUAGCUUCUUAGGAUACAGAUUGAGUUUUUUUAUGACUUUUCAAACUCAAUUGCAGUACAAAACCAAUCAGCAGCAUUCUGCACCAACCUAGGAUAGAUAAGUAAAGCAUUCACAAGAGAGAUGGGUAGAAAAAGAGGAAAUGCAAGUGACAACAUUUAUUAUUGGAAUAAGAAAAUGUUCCAUGUUUAAGGGCAACGAACAAGGCUAAAUGACCAAAUACUUUUACAAUUUUAGGGAAAAAACUAUCCUUUUAAACAAAACUACAGGGUCUCUUAUCUAAUUAAAAAGCAAGUAGUUGUCUUUAUAUCAUUUGUUAAUAUUUUGUUUCUGCUUCCCUAAGAGUUAGGGCCUUUCUAGUAUUAGGCCACCAGGCAGUUGAGGAAUUAGUCCAUCAACAUGUUGCAAAAUGAUUAUAGUUGCUGCUUUCCUCCACAAAGGCUCAUUCAAAGAUCUGGGCCAUCGUUAUUUAAGGAAAAAAUAUUGGCCAGGAAAGAAAAUUGCCAUGUUUGUAUAAUUUUUCUAUUACAUUUGAAUAAGUUCUAUUUAUUUGUAUUGACAGAAUUAAGCAUUCCCCUUCGCUAUCAUUUCUAAAACAAAUCUGCUUUUUCUGAAGGAGUAACACCUGUGACCAGGAAAUCUCUGGAUUGUUUUGUUUUUGUUUUUGUUUUUCUGAGCAGUGAAAGAAUCCACUAAAUGGUUUCCUUGACUUCACCUUGAGAGUCUUGGGUCUUGCUGGUGUUGAAUGAAGGGGCAUUGUUCCAAGGUAUCCCCUGAUCUGCUUUGUCAGAACUCUGUAUCUAAGUACAAAUUAGGAUGAAUUGAAGCAAUGCUAUCCAUGUGUCAAUAUGACUAAAAAGAUUUAAGGUGAUUGACCCAAAAUCAUUUCAGUUUUCUGCCAUCACCACAGCUUGGAUAGUCUGUUGAGGCUUUCACUGUAGGCACUGCACCAGUUUUGUCAGAAAAAAAAGAACCACUAUCUCUUGACUCCUAUGUUUAAAGUUGGUCUGUCUGCCUCUUGUUUCUUGACAUUCCAUAGUAGCUCUGGAAUAGACUUUGAGGUGCUUCUUGACCAAAUCCCUCAUUUUAUAGAUCAGAAAAAUGAGGUCCAGAAAGAUACGGUGCAUCCAUAGUGGUUUUCUACUUUUUCAAUGGUUCCCUAAACUGUUUCUUCUGCCCAUCUGACACUGUCUCAUCACACCCACUUAGACAUCUGUCUUAUCCAGAAAAGCCUGAUGGCACUGAGCAUCCCUUUCAAUGGUGCUAUAUUCCUUCAUAGUUCUAGAACCUCAAAGCCAAUGAUCCCAUAGUGCCAUUUAAGGUUUUUUUUUAAGUACAGCUCAAAUAAAAUUAACUUGUUAAGAUGUCAAAAGUAUUACUAUAACUGAUACAAAUAUCAUAACCAUCAAGAAUUACUGCCCUAGCAUUGAUCUUAUUACUUAUUGAGUAAUAUCUUGGCUUGGAGUUUGUAUUAGGGAUCUGCUCUUGUCUUCCCAUUCUACAAAAUAUAAUACCAGCUUCUUUAGUUUGGUUGUCUACAUCAUUGUUCAGCAGUUUUAGCAUCAUACCAGCUCUUGGGCCUCUUCAACUUUACUUUGAAACUCGGAUGGAUCUAUAACCUCAUUAAGUCAAAGUAUUCCUUCCACCAAGGAGAAUUCAUCCUAUCCUGGAUAAUUUUUGCCUGUAUAUUCCCAUAAAUCCUUCAUAGAGUAUCCAUCCAACACCCUGAGACCUUCCUCUGGUUCUUUUUAUAUGUGUGAAAGUAUGAGGGUGUAACAGUGUAGUCUUCUGUCUUAUCUGUUGUCUUUUUCUUGCCUAUCUAACUCUCCCACUUCCUUUUCUAAGCAAAUAUGUCCUUGAUGAUGGUGAAAGUGCUUCCCAGACCUUAAAGCACUUUAUAAACCUGCAUCAUUUAUACCACUUCUUUCAUACAGGUCAUGUUGGCAACAUGCUGCUUCCUAUUUUUCUCUACCACAUGUCUUUUUUAUUUAUCCUUAUGGGCUGUUUGUAAUUUUGAGUCUUCCAAGCUCUUGGUGUCCCAUGCAUGACUCACAGCCAUCUAGCAUCACUAGGAGAAUCCUAGUGUUGAAGAGAUGGCCUUUUGUAGGAGUAAGUCUCCCUGGAUCCCAGACUGAUGCUCUACUGCCAGCAUGGCAUUAAAUAAACCAAACUGAGCUGUACUCUGACCUGAUCAGACCUCCUCGGAGGUAGUGUGGUCAGUUCUUGGCCUCGCAUUUUAGGAGAGUCAUCAGAAAGCUGUAGAAAAUUCAUAAGCAACAAGGAAAGGAAAAUCAUACCAUGCAAGGUAUUAGGCAGAAAAGGUACGUAGGCUUCCCUUAUUUGGAAAGUUAAUGCAAAUAUAGUGUUAAGGUCUCAUCAUGCCCUAGAUUUUUCCUGUCUAUAUCAUGCCCAAGAGGGAAAGCCUGCAUUUUCCUUUGUGGGCUGAAGCCAUACUGCAGUGGAUGCUGUUGUGUAAAACCUACACAGGACUUUGGUAGGAAUCUUGUCAGGAGAGAAAUUAAAUAUCACAAAGAUACCAAAAGCUUUUAGAACCAAAAGAGGCCCCAGGGAGCAUUCAGUCUAAUUCUCUUAUUUUGCAAAUGAAAAAACCAAGGACCAAGAAGAGGCAAGACUAGAACCUGGAUCUCUCAAAUACCAGGGUUGGAGAGGCUUUCCAUGGUGGCAUACUACCUCCCUAAUAAUUACAGCAGAUAGUUUUGGGGCCUUUGGGGGAUGAUGGGUUCAAAAUCUUGUGUAUGCUAAUCUCAAUAUUUCCUCAUUUCGGGAGAAUGCCCACUCAGCUAUCUAAACAACUCUUUUUCUCUCUACUUGAAAAUCCCAGGAGAUAGAACUCACCAUCCUGUUUUUUGCUAUAAUAGUAACCUCCUCUAGACAUUUGCUAAGUUCCUGCCAUCACAUUUAAUAUUGUUCUCUCUGCUUUAGAGCGGAAGUGCAAAGGGUAGCCUAAACCAGAUUAUAAUAUAAUUGGGAAAUGUUGGACAAAAUAAAUAAAAAUACAAUAGCACAUCAUGUUAAAAUGUGGUUUCCUAUAUGAUCCCAUGAUCCAGUGAAUACAAGGAACUGACUUUUUUUCUUGAUCCUGGAUAUCUGUGGAGAAUGGUACCUUUAAUGUUGAUGGCUAUCUGGUGAAUGUGUCUAGGUGGACCAGUCUAUUAAAGAAACAAACAAAUAAACAGAAAAGAUAAACUCAUUUCUCCAAAACCUAGCAUUCAGUGUUUGACAGUUUAUAGAAGAGUUGAUCUUCCAUUUCCAUUCCUUGCUUAUUCUAACAAGUUGCAUUUCCCCCUCUAUUAGCAAGAGAAAAGACUAUGAAUAUAGUCAACAGGGGCAUCAUACAAUCCAAUAAAUUGAACAGGCUAGCAAUACACCGUACAGCUAAGUCCUGAUUAGGAUAAAUAAUGAAUCCCUUGAAAUAGUCACAUGCAUCCAAAUUGGCACUAUUUGAAGUCAUAAUUAUAUAAAACAAGGUAAUUGGUUCUAGGCCAGUGGAAAUAUACUCUGCAAAUUUGAAUAAGACAACCACUUCAUGGGAUUUAUUAUUAUUCACACUAAUCGGGACCUGGAUGUAUUAAAGAGCUGCCAGCUCACCAGUAGCAGACAGUGCCUGGUUACUACUAUUUCAGUAGUAUUUCAGUGUAUAUUCACUUCCUACAUUUGGAUUCUAAUGCAGUAUAGACUUUAGGACCUAAUCUAAACAUUAUCAACUACCUCUUUAGGUUCAUUUUAUUUUCCCAGCUUAAAAAAAAAAACCCUUUGUUGCUUUAAAUUUAAUUUUUAGAGGAAAAACUCAAAUUCCUAACUUCAUGUCAUUUAGUGAAAGAAAAUACCAUGCUCCCUUCACAGUACAGAUCUUCUGUGGUAGAUUUUGGUGGCACUUACAUUCAAAUUUUUAGAAAUAUAAUAGAAAAUAACUUUGCACAUAUGAUGCAAGUUUUGCUGGUGUAUGUUUAAUGUGGUUACAUUUGCCAAAUCUGCUUGGUGAAACGUCUUCUAAUAGAACGCUUAAGUCAGAACUCUACUGUAAAUGUGUCUAAACAGCAGUAUGUAUCAUUGAUGAUGUAUUUUUGUAAACAUUGUGACGGUUUCUUUCAAAUGUAUGAGUAUGGAAUAAAAAUAAUCAUUUCACUUGGAGUUAUGUCAAAAAGUAUCAUACAGUUGAUCAUAGACCUCUACAAAGUUACCUAUUGGGUUGACAACUGGGAAAUGUAGCUUUACUUGAUUUAGUGGUGGAAAGUGGGAUUGGUUGGCUCUCUCUCUCCCUCUCUCUCUCCCUCUCUCUUGCUCUUUCUUGCUCUCUCUCUCUCUCUCUCUCUCUCACACACACACACACACACACUCUCUCUCUCUCUCUAUAGAAAAAAUCCCCUGAAUAGAUCAGUUUUGUUCUCUAAAGUAGUAUAUUUGGAGAACCAUGUGAAAGUCAUCCUAACUAUGACCCCUCACUCAUUCCCCUCAUGAUCUUUCAUUGCUGGCUAAGAUAAAGACUACAUUUCAAAUGGCACAGAAUCUCUAGGGUUUCUUUGAGAAUCUAUAUGCUGUGGUACAUAUUCAGAAACCUGCCCACCUAUAGAUAAGUACCCAGAUCUCUAAAUAUCAUAUCGCAUCAAUCCAACUUGCCCAAAUUUCACAUCAUUCUGAACAUUAGACUCAGUGGCUCUAAAGUGGACAAAGCCAAAUAAAGAAACCUUCUCCCAAGUGGAAUGGUAAUUUGGUCACCUUCCAUAGACUUUCCUUGUCACUGAUGCAAGUUCCCAAAAUUCUCCUCUGUCUCCUCAAUAUCUCAAUGGGAUAAGUAUUUUGUUCACUGUGCUUAGCUAAUCAAAGUAAUUUAAUGGUCACCUUUUUCCUAAAAUCCCUUUUGAUUUUGAGGUUAAGAGCAUACAAAAUAAAUUAAGUCCUCACCGCUAGGCCAGCUUCUUUGAAAACUCAUAGGUCUCUACAUGAGUUACAACCUAUGUAAAAGCCCAUAGUAAAAACUAUGUAAGAAUUAGAAAACAUUUCAAGGAAAUAAAUGAUUAAGCAAAUAUAGUAAGCCUUCUUAUCAUCAUGUUCUGCACAGUUCCACUAGCACAGGAUCCCAGUCACACAAACCAAAAAAGAGAUAAACUGAAGUUCAACAAAAACCAAACUUGUUUAGAAAAACUAAUCAACAAUGACUGACAGAAAUCAGAAAGAAACCCUGUUUAAAUUGUGAUUUCUCUCAUUUCCACAUUUUCCCUUUCUUUUAGUCUUAGAAUUGACUGGAAUAAGGUUCAGAAGGGAAAGAUUUUUCCUUGUUUAUGUCACUGUGAAAAUUGCCCUGGAGACUUUGUAGAGGAUCCAUCCUGAUCUAUGAUUCUUUCCUAUCAUUUGGUUUUAUUGUCACUUUGGCUUUGUUUAAAUUAUGUGGGGAAAAGAGAUCUACAGGCGAGAGCUAUAGGUGACCUAUAAGGGCCCAUGUUGUGGGGCUUGGGCUUACCAAAAUUACGUGAACUCUGAAGAAAGUUUACAAGUCAUUAGUUCAACCAAACCCUGCACAAUUUAAACACUGCCUUGGUCUACCUUCCCUCUCUGUGAUUUCAUGUAGCAGCCCCAACACUGGUGCCAACAUGCCUUUACUCAAUUUUUUAUGACAAAUACUUGUGGAGAAACUGUGAUAAAACCAUUGAUCCUAAUAUUUUUAUUGUUAACAGUGUAAUUAUUUCUCUAUGAAUAAUUUCUAUUUGAUUGUACUGUGUAGUGUAAAUGCCCGUUAGGGAUAGGUAAAUACCAGGUACCGUACAACUGCAAGUGCAUAGUGUAAUAUAGACUAGAAAGGGGUUUUUUUGUGAGCAAUUUCUAGAGAAAAUAAGAGUUGUUUUCUAUGUGUUAGUACAUUUCUUUCAGUAAUUUUAAAAUGUUAUAACACUUUUUUAAACCUCCAAUAUUUUUAAUUAUGAGACAUUUGUUACUAGAAUUUGCUAUUUCAGGUGUUCCUCUCUAAUUUGAAUAUUGAUUUGAUUACCUCACAAACCUCUAGAAUGCCAUGUGUUCUGUUGAGAAAAAAAAAAUGCACAAUAAAUGUCAAGACUG